GAAGGUCUAUACGUAACCCAAGGAUUUUUAUUCCUAUUGGUUAACAAAGGGAGGCAAACAUUGAGGUGCUUUCUGCUGCAUCUCAUGAUGCUUGCAUUUGUUGGGUCGCAAGAACAGUUUGUUGAAUCAUAGAUGUGCUCCCGUGCUAGAAUGCAGCUCAAGCCUCCAACAAGGCCCAAGCUUUAUUCAGGGCUUAUGCCCCAAGCGGAACGCGAUCCAUACCGUGCUCUAAUACCAGGCUUGCCUGAAGACUUGGCAAAGAUAUGUCUUGCCCUUGUUCCUCGUAGUCACUUCCCUGUCAUGGGUGCAGUUUCCAAGAGGUGGAUGUCAUUCCUUGAGAGCAAGGAAUUAAUAGCUGUAAGGAAGGAAGUCGGGAAGCUUGAGGAGAUGGUGUAUGUCUUGACUGCAGAUGCUGGUGUGAAGGGGCCUCCUCAUUGGGAGGUUUUGGGGAGUUCAGGGCAAAAGCAUAGUCCUCUUCCGCGUAUGCCUGGAGCAACCAAAGCUGGGUUUGGUGUGGUUGUUCUUGAUGGGAAGCUCGUCGUUAUUGCUGGCUAUGCUGCUGGCCAUGGGAAGACCUGUGUUUCCGACGAGGUUUACCAAUAUGAUUCUUUCCUCAACAGGUGGACUGUGCUUGCUAAGAUGAAUGUGGCUCGUUGCGACUUCGCCUGUGCAGAGGUCAAUGGGGUGAUAUAUGUUGCUGGUGGAUUUGGUCCAAACGGUGAUAGUUUAUCUAGCGUUGAAGUUUAUGACCCAGAACAGAAUAAAUGGGCAUUGAUUGAGAGCCUACGUAGGCCAAGGUGGGGUUGCUUUGGGUGCAGCUUUGAAGGAAAGCUUUAUGUCAUGGGUGGCCGUUCAAGCUUCACCAUUGGCAACUCUCGUUUUGUUGAUGUGUACAAUCCUAAUAACCAUGCCUGGGGUGAGGUCAAGAAUGGCUGUGUGAUGGUCACGGCUCAUGCUGUUCUUGGCGAGAAGCUCUUCUGCAUGGAGUGGAAGAACCAGAGGUCUCUAGCGGUUUUCAACCCAGCUGAUAAUUCGUGGCAGAAGAUCCCAGUGCCUCUUACAGGUAGUUCGAGCACUUGUUUUUCUUUUGGGAUACAUGACGACAAGCUGCUGCUUUUCCCACUAGUGGAAGAGCCUGGGUAUCAGACAUUGAUGUACGAUCCCACUGCACCGACGGGAUCUGAAUGGUGCACAUCUAAGUUCAAGCCAUCAGGAUCAUGCCUGUGCAGUGUGACCAUCAAAGCCUGAUGCCCUGGAGUGCGCCUGUGUAGCGACUUACCAUCCUCACGGGAUGUCACUGCUUGCCUUCCCUUUCAGAGUCAGAUGAGGCUGCCUUUAGUCUCAUGUGCACUCUUGUUUGCUUAAAAUUUUAUCCACCUGUUGCACUCUUAAAUAAUAGGAUAUUUAUGCUGCAGUUGAUUGAAUUGCCGAAUCGUCAAACCCACAUCUUGCCAACGGACAGAUGAUGUGACCAAGGCCGCAAUCAUAUCAAUUCCACAACGAGAUGUUUACGUGCCACAUUAUUUUCAAUUUGCGGAAGAUGUAAAAGCUGAGCCAAAUUUAGUGAA